AUGGCAUCUCGUCAACCAAGUGAAGGAUCAACAGUUUUAAUUUCAUUAAUUUUAUGGGUCAUUAUUUUUGCCUUAUUAAAUAUUGGAUCAAAUUUCUUUAGAUCAAGUGAAGGAGCAACAAUUUUAGGUGGUUUUGUUGGUUCAUUCUUAUUCUUUUUACAAAUGACUUUCAUUGGUGCAAUUAAAAGAGAUGUUAAAUUAUUAGAAACUGUUUUAGCAGUAAUUAUCACAGCAAUGAUUAGUUCAUCAGUUCACAGAGUAUCAGGUACUACAAGUAUUAUUUUUUCAAUUGGUUGGAUUUUCUACCUUAAUCAUGCUUCAACCAAAAUCUAUUCAAAAUUAGAGGAAACCAACACUGUUGUUUCUGGUAAAAAGAGAAAAUAA